CCGGUGGUUGGGCGCCUAGGCAGCCUCUUGGGGGAUGGGGCGGGGUCGGCCUGGGCCACCUCCCUCAUUCUCCCCGCGGGCCGAGCCGCCCCUCUCUCCCGCCCCUCCUCCUCCCUUUCCCACCCCUCGGAGUGGAGCUGCACAUGCGGCAGCUCUCUGCUCUGUUCCGCCCAGCCUCCGUUGCUCUGGAACGGGUCCCUGCAGCCCCCAGCCGAUGGCAGGGCAGUAGCCGCCUGUCAGGGGUCCUGAACGGCUGAGGCAGACGCUGCGGCUCCAGGGCCUCAGAGUGUGGGUGUCUCCGGAGGCCAUGGGCUACCCAGAGGUAGAGCGCAGAGAACCUCUGCCCACGGCAGCGCCGCGGGAGCGGGGGAGCAAGGGCUGCGGCUGUCGCGGGGCCCCUGCCCGGGCGGGCGAAGGGAACAGCUGCCGGCUCUUCCUGGGUUUCUUUGGCCUCUCGCUGGCCCUCCACCUGCUGACGUUAUGCUGCUACCUAGAGUUGCGGUCCGAGUUGCGGCGGGAACGGGGAGCCGAGUCCCGCCUUGGCCCCAGCACCCCUGGCACCUCUGGCACCCUGAGCAGCCCCGGUGGCCUUGACCCUGACGGUCCCAUCACCCGCCACUUCAGGCAGCCAUCACCUCAGCAGCAGCAGCCGCUGGAACCGGGAGAAACCACACUCCCCCCACACUCCCAGGACGGGCACCAGCGCGGGUCCUUGAGCACUGACCAGAAGGUGGGCUUGUUCACACUUACCUGCAAUUUGAGACUGAUUGUCCUCCGUGUUCUAGUGAGGAUCAGCGCCCCUGUGGAAUUCUGGUAGAAAUAUGCCGUCUUGCUAGACAACUUCUGAGCAGCAAUUUAAAAAAUCUAUGGAAAUAAACUCACCCUUUGCAUGCCGGUUCUCUUUUUUGGGGGUAGAUAGGAUGAGUGUGAAGUCUAUUCACUACUGCUAGUUUGCGAACAGGAAUCUUACUGAUGGAAUAAUUAAUUACUCAAGAGUAACCUUUCACGAGCAGUUUUGUUUUGUGUGUUUUGUGAUCUUUAUGGUGUUUGUGCCCUUCUUAGCAAACCAUUAGCUUUGGUAGUUGUCUUCCACUUGUUCAGCCCUUUAUUCAACUAAAUUUAGCGAACUUAAAAUAAGUAUUUUCUUAACUACCAUAUUUUGUCCUGUGAAAUUUAAGAGAAGCAAGCAUUCAAGAAUCAUUUUGAGGAGGUUAGGAGACUAAUAGUGAAUUUGUUCCUUUUGGGGAAGAGGGCAAGUUGUGCACAUAAGUUUCUUGGAAUGAGGGGCCCAGGAUUUCUGUAUUUACUACCACAUUCAGAGUCGUCAUUGUGAUACUCUAAACAUCAUUUGUGCUCUUUGACCACCCAUCCUAAGCUGGCAUCACAUUCAUGACAAAACUAUAAUGUUGGGACUGACAUAUCUUCUACAUUGUGCAUUGUAAAGUUACCCUGAGCUGAAAAAUGUCUUGCUAGCAUACUCCAACUUAUAUAACAGCUUAUCAAAGAAGAAAAUCAGUAGACAUGCUUCUCAUACUUGAAACUUUAAACACUGUAGCUAAAUGAUAAUUAACUAGGAUUCUGGCUCCCUUUAUCUAUCCACCCCCGCCCCCACAAUGCCCAGUAGAGAAAUACUUAGCAGCUGAACAUUGAUAUUCUGUGAAAAGAUGAAGUAAUUGAACUUCCUUAGUCAAAUGGUAGCCAAAGCUUUUUGGUAUUUAGGGUGGACAGACCUAUGUUUAUAGACUGAGGAUUAGCAGGACAGCUGCACCCUAGGGCUUCUGUGAUGGUAUGGGACUCUCAGAGGUCUAGAGUGGCAUUUAGUUGCCUGGUAUUUGCAUGGCACUUUGAAUAGUUCUGUCUAGAUUUAAAUACAGCUCCCCAUUUUCUGUCCUUGUGUUUUAAUCUUUUGGAGCAGUGAAAACAAGCAUACUGGCUCUUUACAUUUGCUGGCAUCAGUUGGAGUCUCGGAUUUUUAGAAUUGUGAGGGGCCAUGUGAGUCCAUUUUGUUUGAUCCCCUUGGAUUGCACAGAGGCCCUGAGGUAGGGGGAAUGAUUUGUCCAAGAUCAAAUGAUUUGACCAUACAAUGAUUUGACCCUACAACUAUGGUCAAUGGUAAAAGGGAAGUUGGUCUCUUGAUUCCCAGUUCAAGAAAGUUUGUUUGUUCCCCUGUAGCAUACAUCCCUGGAAGCCUUCUGGGAGAAAGAGGGAUGGAGCUCCAUAGUACAAUUCUUGCAAUGUAGAGGGCUCAGAUUUGCAUCAGUUUCUUUUACUCCACCUGUAUUUUAGCCAAAGUUUAACGUGUUUUCCAUACUCUUCCUGAAGAUAACUUUCAGGAGAAUUGAAGUAUACUUUAAAGGAAUUUUAGCCCAGAUUCAAAUUAUGAUUCUCUUGAGGAUAUUAGUUUUAGUAUACCUCCCAUUCCUCCACCCCCCGCAAGAAAAAAAAAAAAAAAAAGGAAAAGUUGAUUGGCUAUUAGAGUUAAAUUGAUACUGCUACAUCUUGGGUAAAAUUUCUAGGGCCCUGGUGCACCCUCUGCUGGCUUUGCAGGGACAUUUAAUUGCAGUAUCUGCUGACAGUCAAGAUUCUAAGUUGUGCUGACAGAUUCUGAUUCAUAAUCAAGGAAGUAAACAGCCUUGUGGGAUUUGGCCACGUAGGUCACAUUUUUAUAUCUUAGUUUUUCAACAUGAACAGCUGCUGUUACAUCAACUCUUAGAUGGAGAGGAAGAAAGAUAAAAAUAUACACCCUUCAGUGGGCGGAACAUUCAGGUUUCUCACCAGUUUAUUUGCAAGGAGUAAUGAAAAUAAAUGAAAUGAAAAUAAACUAAUGAAAAUAAAUUGCAGAAAGAUCUCAGACCAAGUGGACAAAACAGAGGCACUUCAUUUUAUAAGGUCAUACAAACAUAUCCAUGUUUGUGAGAAGAUGGGCUCAGUUAUGACUCAAAAAAGAUCUAGAAAUCACUGAGGAGGUUCAUCUAUACCUCUCAAUUUAAAAACAUUUAAAACAAGAUACAGAGGAAAUUAGGGCAGUCGGGAUACAAAGCAGAUGUAUCAGCCAAGUUCUCCCAGGGGAUUGUUAGAAAAGCCUCCCCAGUGGGGACACUGCUAAUGAAAAAGAGUGAGAGGGUCCCCUCAGACCUUUUGGAAUCAUAACGGUAUCCUUCAGCUGGAGUAGCUGAGGAGUAACCUGUAGGUUCAUCCAGCUACUCACUGAAGAAGACCUAGGGACAUCUCACCAACUUCUGAGUCAGACAGUACACAAUAUGAUUGUUACAGUAAAAAAUGAAAAUCACUGUUGAUCAUUCUGUGAAGAAGUUGGCCCAGUUGUGAUUGUGGUCUUCAAAGCCAAUAAUAUGAUAGACAUCAGCAGGAAGGAUGUUGAAAAUGAUGACAAAACAAAACCCUUAUCUUUUCCACCUAAAAGACCAAAAGUGGAUUUGCAUCCAUAAUCAUGUAGGAAAUUCUGGCGCCUGCUUCUCAAAAAAAACCCAUCACCUGAUAAAAGUCCCUAGAAACUCAAUUAAAUUGAUCAAAAGGAUAGAGGGAUUUUCUAGUUGUUGUUGUUUUUCCGGUCUGGAGAGAGAGAGGAUUAAGGGAGGGAUAUGAUCAAAGUCUACAAAACCAUGAGGCAGAUGAAUAAGGUUAAUAUAUUGGUAUAAUUUAACAGUUUAGCUCAAUAAAUAGCCUGCUUUUAGCCAGACACUACGUCAGCUAUGAGAUAUCUUAUAAUGGUUGAGAGUUUAUUUUGGAAUAGAGGCAAGUAAAAGUAGUAUCUCAUUCAAAUGAUUGCCCUAAGAGAUCAUCUAAACUGGAACUCUAAGAUUUAGGAAGUGUUUAGAAAAAUAUAUAUGGGUAGAUUAAUGAGGAUUUAUUUGGGACCAUUGGGGAUAUUUGGAAAAUGUUCCUAAUUAUUUGAAAUGAUGACAUAGAAAUCAACUUUAUCUUUCCACAAAACAUUUCUUGGUUUAACUAGAUAGGACAUUAGUGUAUACAAAUUUUACAUUACUUAUUAAGGCUGGUUGAUCAAGAAAAUGACUAGGAGUCAUUAAGUCCAAGAACUUUUUUAGGGGCAUGGAAUCCAGAUAAAAUACCUUUCUAUAGGUUUAAAUCUAGAGUUUAAGGUGUGACAUUCAUGGUUUUUGAUCAACUAGCUCCAUUAUUCCUAUCCCGUUCUCACUAAUUCUACUCCUGCAACCCACCUACCAUAUCUUGUCUUAGGAUCAUUCUCUAGUUGUUAUUGCUGUUUUUUGGUUUAAUAACUCUUGUGUCUUUAUAUAGAACUCUUCAGAAAUCUGCCUCCUUUUUUGUCUUUUUCCACAGUACCUGACUCAUUGCUAGUUAUUAAGGUAUUUUAAUACUUGUUGAGUUAAAUAUUAUGUUGGGCCUUUGGAGAUAGUCAUGUGAAACAAAGACAUUUUCUCUGUAACAAGCCCACUUUCCUCAGGUCUUGCUAAUAAGCCUGUGUCAGCUUUGCUUAGGUGAGUAAAUUGUUCCACUGGCAAUGUUUCAUUGGUUUCUAGAAUUACUAGAAAGUAAAAUAGAAAGGAGCCCUAACCACAUUACCUUCAAAGUGGUGCAGAAAGCUUUCUGUGAUACAUCAUUUGAUGUUUUAUUUUGUUUUUAAUUCUCACCUCUUUCUCUCUUAGAUUUUGUGAAAAAAUAAUUUAUAAUUUAUCUGUAAAUGCCUUAUAGGAAAGAUCUCCUUAUAAUAGAGAGCUUCUGAAGCCACUUAAUCCCCAAAAACAUUAUCAAGAAAACCAUUUGUCUUGCCUGUUAGGGUGGCCCCCAGAGACGACCAACUUUACCUAUUGUACUUAGCUGUUCAUUUUUUUCUGUAUUUCCCCCACUUUUAUAUUGAAGUGUACUUCUUUAUAUUGAAGUAUUGCAUAUAUACAGAAAGGGUAACAAAUGAUAUAGUUUGAUGAAUUAUUACACAGUGAACACACUGAUAUUACCAAAACCCAGGUUAAGAAAUAGAACUAUCAUUUCACAACCCCCACAUGCUCCAUUCCUAUCAUUGUACCUUUCCCCUCCAAAGUUAAUGACUAUCUUGACUUCUAACAUCAUAGAUUAGUUUUACCUAUUUUGAGCCUGAUGUAAGUAAAAUCAAACAAUAUAUAUUUUGCAGGGGGUCUGUUUUUUUUUCCUCAACCCUGUGUUAUCCAUGUUGCAUAAAGCCAUAAUUUUUUAUUUGUAUUUUUGUAUAUUAUUCCCAUGUUUGAAUAUACUACAGUUUAUUUAUUUGACUGAUAAUAUUUGGAUUGUUCCUUGUUUGGGUUAUUGUAAGUAAUGAUGUUAUGAAUAGUAUCAUACCAACCUUUUGUUUAUAUGUACUUGAAUUUCUUUUGAGUAUAUACCUAGGAUUAGAAUUUUUGGGAUGUAGGGAAAACAUAUUUUCAAAUUUAUUGAUAAUGAUAGUUUUUCUAAGUGAUUAUACCAAUUUAAAUUCCACCAGAAGUAUAUGAGAAUUCUAGUUGUUCCACAUUCUUGUUAACACUUGUUAUUAUCACCCUUUUAAAUUAUAGCUAUUCUGGUAGAUGGGUUUAUAAUACUAUCUUAUUGUAAUUUUAAUUGCCAUUUCUCAGAAUCUGAUUAAUGAAGUUCAACUCUUUUUCAUAUGUUUAUUAUCCAUUUGGAUAGAUGCUUCUAUGGAGUACCUGUACAAGUAUUUUGCUCAUUUUUAAAAAUUGGAUUAUUUGUCCUUUUUUUGUAAAUUUAUAGGAAUUCUUUAUAUACUCUGGCUAUGAACCAUUUUUGCAUUUUUUAUGUUGCAAGCCCUUCCCAAAUCUCUUCAUAGCAUUCUUUGAGGAACAGACAUUUUAAAUUUUAAUGCAUCUAUAGGUUUUCAUUAUUUUCCUUUAUGACUGGUGUUUUUUAUGUUUCCUUUAAGUAGUAUUUUCCUACCUUUAGAUAAUGUAGAUAUUCUAUGUUAUCUUUUAGGAGCUUUAUAUUUUUGACAUUCACAUUUAGAUCAACAAUCCAUCUGGAAUUGAUUUAUGUGUAUAGUGAGAUAUCAGGGGCCAAGCUUUAUGUUUUCCAUAUAGACAUUCUACUGACCCAGGCCAUUUAUUAUAAGGAAUGUCUUUUUCUUCACUUCUUUACAAUGUCAUCUUUGUCAUAAGUUGUCUGCAUAUGUGCAAGAUUGAUUCUGAACUGUUUGUUCUGUUCUAUUAGUCUAUUUGCCAUUGUAACACUACCAUAGCCUUAAUUACUGGACUUUAUAAUAAGCUCUUGAUAUCUGGUAAAGCAAGUCCUUCCACCUUGUUUCUCUUCUUUAAAAGUAUCCUGGAUGUUCUUGGCCCUUGGCAUUUCUCUAUAUAUUUUAGAACCAGCUUAUCAUAUUCCACAAAAGAGAGUAAUUUUAAAGGGAAUGAUGUCAGCAAGAUGGUAGAUUAGGAAGUCCUGAACCCUUCUCCCUGCCCCCAACACACUUAUUUAGCAGUGAUUCAAGGAAAAAUUCCCUUUGUGAGAAAUUAAGGGACUAAUUGAAAGGCUCCUAUACCUGGGGUGAAUAUAAAACCAAACUCACUGAUAUCAGCAGGGAGAUUUGGGACACCCUCUCACCAGAGUACCUGCUACCAACUCAGGGGCCAUAUGAUGAACAGAGACCCCCCUAGCUUCUAGCUUCUCCCAGGGGAGGGAAGGAGUUCUUCCAGCACUCCCAAGUUUUCAGAGGACUGACUUCUGUCUUGCCAGUCUUGAAACUCUGAAUGGCCUGCCUAGGAGAAAAUAGACAGUGUCUUGGGCUGGUAGAUAUCAUAGAUCAUCCCUCCUGCUGAGUACAGAGCAAGAAGACAAAAAAAUGCCAACUCUCAAUAUUUCCUUGGAGAAGAAAAGUUUAUCUGUGCAUCUGGUGCUCCAAUUUCUCCAGGGCUGCCCCAAGAACUGGCAUCUGACUUGUCAGUCCACGAGUGCAAGGAUCUGGCACAGUCUAGUUAUGGAGGUGAACAGAAAUGAUGGCUAGGACUUAUAGAUGCCAUAGUUCCUCCCACCCUGCUCAUCAGAGUGUGUAGAUGAAACAUUUUUAGUGUUUAGCUUACUUAUGGAGAUGGAAGAGCUGAUUUCUGGUUUCAGUGCCACAACUUCUGCAGGGUUGCCCAAAGAUCUGGCAUCUGUAUUGCCAGUUUGGAUCUCUGAUGGGUCUGGCAUAGUCUAGCUAUCUGGGGAAGAAUGGAGAUGGCAGUUUGGACUGGUAAAUGGAUAGCUACUCUACUCUGUACAGAGUAAAGAGAAAAAGCCACUGCUGCUUGCUUCUCUUUGGGGAGGGAAAGAAUUGAUAGAAGUAACCAGAAUCUCUGAUUGGUGAAGUUCUUUUAUACAAGACCAAUCCACAGAGCUUAGGAGAGAUGUUUUCUUUGUGUAAUGUGUAGACACCAACAUGGAGAGUCAAUGAAAAUGAAAAAUCAAGGAUUCCUGGGUGGGUCAGUCAUUGGGUGGCUGCCUCCAGCUCAGGUCAUGAUCCUGGGGCCCUAGGAUUGAGCCCCAUAUCAGACUCCCUGCUCAGUGGGAAGCCUGCUUCUCUCUCUCCCACUCCAGCUGCUUGUGUUCCCUCUCUCUCACUGUCAAAUGAAUAAAUCUUUAAAAACAGAAAAUGAAAAAUCAGCAAAGAUGUUCCACACAAAGGAAAUAUAUGUCCAGAUACUGACCCUAAUGAAAGACUUAUGAAAUAUAUUUGACAAAAUUAAAAAAUGACAUUAUAAAGAUGCUCACCUCAAUAUCAAGGGAACAGUGCAUAAAUACAGAAUUCUAACAAAGAGGAAAUAAAACCAAACAGAAAAUAUGGAGUUAUAAAACACAAUAAUCAUGAGCAGGAUUCAACAGCAGAUUAGUUAAAGCAGAAGGAUCAGUGAACUAAGAUUGGUCUUUGGAAAUAAUUCAGUCAGUGGAGCAAAAAGAAAAAAAAAGAAAAAUAGUGAGAAAGCUUAAGAAACUAUGGGACACCAUUAAGCAGAACAUUAUAGGCAUUAGGGAAAUCCCAGAAAGAGAAGAGAGGAGAAAAGUCCAGAAAGCUUAGUCAAAGAAAUAAUGGCUGAAAACUUCCCAAAUCUGGGAAAGGAAAUGAACAACCAAAUUCAAGAAGCCCAAAGAUUACUAAAUAAAUAAACCCAGAGAAAGCCAUACCAAGACACAUUAUACUCAAAUUAUUAAAAAUAAAAAAAAAUUUUGAAAGCAUCAAAAGAAAACCAACUUAUCAUAAACAAGAUAGCUCCCCCUAGGACUAUCAGGAAAUGAUUUAGCAGAAAUCUUGCAGACUCAAGGGAGUGGGAUAAUAUAUCCGAAGUGCUGACGGUGGGGGGGAGCCCUACCAACCAAGAAUAUAAUACCUGCCAAAGCUGUCCUUAAAAAUAACAGAUACAGGGGCAGCUAGGUGGCUCAGUGGGUUAAGAUUCUGCUUUUGGCUCUGGUCAUGGUCUCUGGGUCCUGGGAUCAAACCCUGCAUCAGCUCUCUGCUCAGCAGGGAGCCUGCUUCCUCCUCUCUGUCUGCCUACUUGUGAUCUCUCUGACAAAUAAAAUCUUUUUAAAAAUAAUAGAUAUGGACAUUCCUAGAAAAAUAAAAGCUGAGGAAAUUUAUCAUCACUUAGACCUGACUUACAUGAAAUGCUACAGGGAGUUUAUUAACUUGAAAGGAUACUAAAGAGCUCUGUGAUAGCAUAAAAAAGUAUGAAAGUUAUUGGUAAAACUAAAUAUAUAGACAUAUACAGAAUACUGUAUUACUGUAGUGGUUGAAGAUAAGUCACUUUUAUUUCUGGUAUAAAAGUUAAAUGGCAAAAUUAUUAAAAAUAACCAUUAAAAGUUACACAAUAUGAAAAAAACAUAUAAUAUGGAUAGGUGUAGGAUGUGACAAAAAUAAUAGUGUAUGAGAAAUGUUCGCUUGUAGAGUUUUUGUAUGCAAUUGAACUUAAGUCAUCAGCUUAAAAUAGACUUAUAAAAAAAUUAGAGCAUAUUAAUACAAAAACAAAGGAAGGUAGCAAGAGAGACAAUAAAGACAAAAGAAUCUCAAGACUAAUGGGAAACAACUAACAAAAUGGCAAUGGUAAAUCCUUCCCUAUCAAUAAUUAUUUCAAAUGUAAAUACACAAAACUCCUCCAAUCGAAGAUAUAUAGUGGCCAAAUGGAUAUAGUGGCCAAAUAGUGGCCAAGACCCAGUCAUGUUUUUCUACAAAAAAACUCACUUUAGAUUCAAGGAUACGCAUAGACUGAACAUAAAAGAAUAGAAAAAUCAUGUGGUAUUUGUCUUUCUCUGACUGGCUUAUUUCGCUUAGUGUAAUACUCUCUAGCUCCAUCCUUGUCAUUGUAAAUGAUUGCAGUCAUGGAAUUUAAGAAACAAAACAAAUGAACAAAGAGGAAAAAAAGUAAACCAAGAAAUAAAUUCUUAAUUAUAGAGAACAAACUGAUGGCUACCAGAGGGAAGUAGGUGUGGGUGGGUUAAGUAGGUAAUAAGGAUUAAGGAGUGCACUUGUGGUGAGCACUGCAUGAUGUAUGGAAUUGUUGAAUCACUAUAUUGUAUACCUUAAUACUACUCUGUAUGUUAACUUAAAGAAUAAACUAGAAGAAUAAUAAAAAAAAGCUAGUCCAUGCAAGUGAUAAACAGAAGAGAGCAGAAUUGGCUGUACUUCAGACAAAAUAAACUUUUAAAACUAUCAGAAGAGGCAAAGAAGGAUAUUAUAUAAUGAUAAAAUGGUCCAUUCAGCAGGAUGAUAUAGCAGUUGUAUAUGCACUAGCAUCAGAAAACCUAAACAUAUAACACAAAUAUUGACAGAACCAAAAGGGGGAAUAGACAGCAAUACAAUAAUAGUAGAAAACAUCAAUGCAGGGCACCUAGGUGGCUCAGUCAUUAAGCAUCUGCCUUUGGCUCAGGUCAUGAUCCCAGGGUUCUGGGACUGAACCCUGCAUCAGGCUCUCUGCUUGGCAGGAGACCUGCUUCUCCCUCUCCCAUUCCCCCUGUUUGUGUUCCCUCUCUUACCGUUUCUGUCAAAUAAAUAAAAUCUUGAAAAAAAAAAAAACACUGCUUUAGUUCCAGUAAUGGAUAGAAGAUCUAGAGAGAAGAACAGUAAGGAAACAGAGGACUUCAACAACCGUAUAGACCAAAUGGACCUAACCUGCAGAAAAUUCUGUGCAACAGCAUAAUACAUAUUUUCACAAACACAUGUUCUAGAAAAGAUAACAUAUCAGGUCACAAAACAAGUCUUAAUAAAUUUAAGAAGAUUGAAAUCAUGCUUUGUAUCUACUCUGAACAGAAUAGAAUGAAACUAGAAAUCAAUAGCAGAAAGAAAACUGGAAUAUUCACAAAUAUGUGGAAAUUAAACAGCAAACUCUUAACCAUUGGGUCAAAAAAGAAAAGAAAUGAGAAAAUACCUCAAGAAAAACAAAACACAGGGGCAGCUGGGUGGCUCAGUGGGUUAAAGCUUCUGCCUUCAGCUCAGGUCAUGAUCCCAGUGUCCUGGGAUCAAGCCCCACAUUGGGCUCUCUGCUCAUUGGGGAGCUUACUUCCUCCUCCCUCUCUCUCUGCCUGCUUGUGAUCUCUGUCAAAUAAAUAAAAUCUUAAAAAAAAUUCAACCUACCAAAACAUAAGGGAUGCAGCAAAAGUAGUAUUAAGAGAGAAGUUAAUAACAAUAGAUGCCUACAUUAAAAAAGAGGAAAGAUCUGAAAUAAAUGAGAUAACUUUAGGGAGCUAGGAAAAAACAAUCCAAAGCUGAAAGAAAGAAGGAAAUAAGGAUUAGAGCAGAAAUAAGCAAAAUAGAAGAUAGAAAAAUUGACAAGAGUUUUUUCAAAUGAUAAGUGACAGCCCCUAUCUAGACUAAAUUCAAACAACAAAGCCCUCAAAAUCAGAAAUGAAAGAACAGCUUUGGUGAGUGCUGUGAGGUGUGUAAACCUGGUGAUUCACAGACCUGUACCCCUGGGGAUUAAAACAUGUUUAUAAAAAAUAAAAAAUUAAAAAAUUGAAAGAACAUUACAACUGAUGGCACAGAAAUAAAAGAAGGAUCCUAAGAGACUACAAUGAACAAUUAUAUGCCAAAAAUGGGGUAAUCUAGAAGAAAUGAUAAAUUCCUAGAAACAUGCAACCUACUAAGACUAAAUCAUGAAGAAUUAGUCUGAACAUACCAGUACCUCAUUUAGAGAUUGAAUCAGUAAUCAAAAAGGGCACAAGGAAAACACCAGGACCAGGUGGCUCCACUAAUGAAUUCUACCAAACAUUGAGGGAAAUACCAGGCUUUCUCAAACUCCUCCAAAAAACUGAAGAGCAGGAUCACUUCUAAAGUUAUUUUAUGAGAUCAACAUUACCCUAAUACCAAAGCAAGACAAAGACAACAGAAGGAAAGAAAACUACAGACCAGUAUCCCAAUGACUAUAAAAUACAAAAAUCUUCAGCAAAAUACUAGCAAACUGAAUCCAACAGCACAUCGAAAGGAUCAUACAUGGGAUGCCUAUGUGGCUCAGUCAGUUAAGUGUCUCCUUUCAGCUCAGGUCAAGAUCCCAUGGUCCUGGUAUCAAGUCCCACAUCAGGCUCCCUCCUCAGUAGGGAGUCUGCUUCUGCCACUGCUUGCUGUUCUCCCUGCUUGUGCUCUGUGGCUUGCUCUCUAACAAAUAAGUAAAUAAAAUCUUUAAAAAAACAAAAAGGAUCAUACACCAUGACCAAGUAGAACUUAUUCCUGAGAUGUAGGGAUGAUUCAACAUACAAAAACCAGUUAAUGUGAUACAAUACAUUAACAGAAUAAAAGAUACAAAUCACAUUAUCUCAAUAGAUGCAUAAAAAUCAUUUGACAAAAUUUAUACUUUUAUUAUAAAACUCUCAACAAACUAGAAAUAAGAGUAAAAUACCUCAAAAUAAUUAAAACAGUAUAUGGAAAGCCCACAUCUAACAUACUCAAUGCUGAAAAACUAAAAGCUCUUCCUCUAAGAUUUAAAACAAGACAAGGAUGUUCACUCUCUAUUUCUAUUUCUAUUCAACAUAGUAUUAGGAGUCCUAGUUAGAGCAAUUAGGCCAGGAAAAAAAAGCCAUCCAAUUAGAAGGGAAAAUGUAAAGUUAUCUUUGUUUGCAGAUGUCAUGAGUAAACAAAUUCAAAAAAAUUGCAGGGUACUGAGUCAACAUACAAAAAUGAGUUGCAUUUCUUUUUUAAAAAAACUCUUUGUCAGAAGAGUCCACCUACAAGCAGGGGGAGUGUCAGGCAGAGGGAGAAACGGGCUCCCCACUUAGCAGGGAGCCCAAUAUGGGACUCAAUCCCAAGACCCUGGGAUCAUGAACUGGGCCAAAGGCAGAUGCUUUACCAACUGAGCUGCCCAGCAUCCUUCAGUUGUAUUUCUAUGCACUAAAAAUGAACUAUCUGAAAAUGAAGUAAAACAAUCCCAUUUACAAUAGCACUGGAAAGAAUAUAACAUUUAGGAAUAAACUAAGGAGGCAAAAGAUGUCUAUACUGAAAACUACAAGGCAUUGAUAUAUUUAAAAAGAAACACACAAAAAAUGGAAGCACAUCCCAUGUUUUUGGAUUGGAAGACUAUUGUUUAAAUGUCCAUACCACAAAAAUCAAUCUACUGAUUCAAUGAAAUCCCUAUUAAUAGUGUAAUGGUAUUUUCCACAGAACCAGAACAAACCUAAAGUAUUUGCAGAAUAAAAGACCACAAAUGUCCAGUUUAAGGAAGAACAAAACUGGAGGCAUCACAUGUUCUGUUAUCAAACGAUAUUACAAAGCUUUAAUCAUCAAAACAAUAUAGUGUUAAAACACAAAUGUUGGUGAGAAUGUGGAGAAAAAGGAACACGUGUGCCCUGUUGGUGGGAAUGCAAACUGGUGUAGCCACUUGAAAAAAGUAUGGAGGUUCCUCUAAAAGUUAAAAAUAGACCUAUCAUCUAGCAAUAAUACUACUGUGUAUUACCCAAAGAAUGCAAAAAUAAUAAUUCAGAGGAAUACAUGCACUCCACCAUUUACAGCAGCAUUAUCUACAAUAGCCAAAUUAUGGAAAGAGCCCAAAUAUCCAUUGACCGAAGAAUGGGUAAAGAGGAUGUGAGAUAUUUACUUAUAUAUAUAAUGGCAUAGUACUCAACCAUAAAAAAGAAUGCAACCUUUCCACUUGCAACAACAUGGAUGGAAGUAGAGAGUAUUAUACUAAGUGAAUUCAGUCAAAAAAAGACAAAUACCAUAUGAUUCCACUAAUAUGUGGAAUUUAAGAAAUAAAUGAGCAAAGGGUCAAAAAGAGAUAAACCAAGAAACAGACUCUUAACUAUAGAGAACAAACUGAAGGGUGCUAGGAGGGAGGUAGGUGGGAAGAUGGGUUAAAUAGGUGAUGGGGAUUAAAGAGUGCACUUGUGAUGAGCACCAGGUAUUGUAUGGCAGUGUUGAAUCACUCACUAGCUUUUACACCUGAAACUACUACACUAUAUGUUAACGAACUAGAAUUUAAAUGAAAACAUAAAAAAUAGAAUUAGCACAUGAUUCAGUAAUUCCACCACUGGGUGUUUACCCAAAGAAUACAAAAAAACUAAUUCAGAAAGAUAUAUGCACCCCUAUAUUUAUUGAAGCAUUAGUUAAAAUAGCCAAAUGAUGAAAGCAACCCUAGUGUCCAUUAAUAGAUGAGCAGAUAAAAAAGAUGCAGUAUACACACAUACACACACAAACACACAGAGAGAAUAUUACUCAGCCAUAAAAAAGAAUGAAAUCUUGCCAUUUGCAAUGACAUGGAUGGAUCUAGAGGAUAUAAUGCUAAGUGAAAUAAAUCAGAGAAAGACAUACCAUAUGAUCUCACUUUGGAAUUUAAGAAACGAAUCAAAUGAACAAAGGAAAGAGACAAAGAGACAGACUCCUGACUAUAGAGAACAAAUUGAUGGUUACAAUAGUGGAGAUGGGUGGGAAAUGAGUGAAAUAGGUGAAGGAGAUCAAGGGUACAUUUGAGUCUUGAGUAAUGUAUAAAAUUAUUGAACUAUAUUGUACACCUGAAACUAAUAACACUGUUAACUAUAUUGUAAUUAAAAUAUUUUUUUUGAAGUAUGGUGUUGGCCUAAAGACAGGCAUUUAGGCUAAUCAAACAGAAGAGAGAUCCCCGAAAUAAAUCUGUCUGUAUAUGGUCAAGUAAUCUUUGGAGAGGGUGCCAUGAGUAUACCGUGGGGAAUGGAUAGUAUCUUCAACAAAUAGUGUUGGGAAAACUGGAUGUUCACAUGCAAAAGAAUGAAGUUGGACCCUUAUCCACAAAAAAUAACUGAAAAGUGAUUAAAAAGUAAAGUGUAAGACCCAAAGCUGUAACACUCCUAGAAGAUCACAUGGGAAAUAGCUUCAUGAAAUUAAUCUUGGCGGUGAUUCUUGGUUAUGACACCAAAAGCACAAGAAUAAAAAAUUAAGUGGGACUACAUCAAAUUACAAAGCUUCUGCAGAGUGAAUAGUCAACAGAGUAAAAGCAAUGUACAGAAUGGGAGAAAAUAUUUGCAAACUAUAUAUCUGAUAAGGGAUUAAUCUCUAAAUAUAUGUAAGAAACUCCUGUAACUAAUAGCAAAAAACAAAUUAUAGAAUUAAAAAACAGGCUAAGGACUUAAAUAGACAUUUGUCCAAAAAGAACAUGUAAAUGGUCAGCACAUAUAUGAAAAAUGCUCAAUAUCAAUAAUUGCCUGGGAAAUGAAGAAACCACAAUGGAAUACUACCUCACACCUGCCAGAAUGGUUAUUAUCAGAAAGAAGAUAGGGAAAAACUGGAACCUUCUUAUUGUUGGUAAGCAUGUAAACUGGUGCAGUCACUAUGGAAAACAGGAUGGAAGUUUCUCAAAAAAUUAAAAAUAGAAAUACCACAUCCAGAUUUGGGUUUUUUAUCCAAAAGAAUUGAAAUCAAGAUUUUGAGGGACAUUUGUACUACCAUGUUCAUUGCAGCACUAUAUACAAUAGCCAAGAUGUGGAAAUGAUCUAUCUGUCAAUUCAUAAGUGGAUAAAGCAAGUGUGUGUGCGUGUGUGUGUAUGAUAGAAUACAAUUCAGUCUUGAAAAAAAGGGAGAAUCUGCAAUAUAUGACAACAUGGAUGAAACUUGAGGAAUAUGUUAAGUGAAAUAAGCCAGUCACAUAAAGACAAAUACUGCAUGAUUCCACUUAUCUGAGGUUAAAAAAAAAAAAAAAGGGAGUGGAAUGAUGGGUGGGGGUAAAUAUGGAGUUACUAAUCAAUAGGCAUUAAGUUUAGUUUAAGCAAGGUAUGUUCUAGAGAUGUUCUGUACAUCAUUAUAUCUAUAAUCAACAAUGGCAUGCUUAAAAUUUCAUUAAGAGGGUAGAUCAUAUGUUAAGUGUUCUUACUACAAUAAAGUAAAAUUAAGGAAAAAACUUCUCCAGAGGGGCACCUGGGUGGCUCAGUCAUUAAGUGUCUGCCUUUAACUCAGGUCAUGACCCCUGGGUCCUGAAAUUGAGCCCCACAUUGGGCUCCUUUCUUGGCAGGAAGCCUGCUUCUCCCUCUCCCACUCCCUCUGCUUGUGUUCCCUCUCUCAAUGUGUCUCUGUCAAAUAUUUUUUAAAAAUCCUUCUGAGAUUUUAAUUUUGAUUACACUGAAUCUAAAAAAUCUGGGGGAACAUAUUUUUACAGUAUUGAGUCUUCUAAUACCUAAAUAUGGAAUAUGCCUUCACUUAUUUAGGUCCUUAAUUUUGCUUCACAAUAUUUUAUAGUUUAAUGUGUGGAACUCUUAUACAGCUUUCAUUGUAUUUAUUCCAAGGUAUUUGGUAUUUUUGAAGCCAUUUAAAGAUUUUAUUUAUUUGUUUGACAGAGACCCAGCAAGAGAGGGAACACAAGCAGGGGGAGUGGGAGAGGGAGAAGUGGGCUUCCCACUGAGCAGGGAGCCUGAUGCAGGGCUUGAUCCCUGGAUUCCAGGAUUAUGACCUGAGGUGAAAGCACACGGUUGAUGACUGAGCCACCCAGGCGCCCCUUGAAGCCAUUUUAAAUGAUAUCUACACUUAAUGCCAUAUCUAUCACCAAAGUCCCACUUCGGGAAUGAAAGACCUAUUCCAUCAACUGCUGAGAGUGCUGUUAGAAGACCUCUCAGUUGACAGUCCCCUUUUGAAUUAGUCUUUGUGGAAGAAAACUGUCUCAUCCAUUGAGAUGCCACCUUUCAGGACAUCCUACACCAAAUGACUGAUCAGUUAGGAGGUAUGAAUGCUUGACUUUCCCCCUAAUUCAGGAAAACUUUGAAGGACCAUACCAGCUCCAGAGCUCCCUAUGACUUUGCCUAUGGCCUUUUGGAAAUUGCUUUUUUCCUUUCUCUUGCACAUGUUGAACUUCCCUUUCUCUUGCACAUGUUGAACUUCCCCAAAUUAGGAAACAAAAGUCCCGUAUGGUAAUCCAUGUCUCUCAGUCUGCUUCAUAGGAAAACCAACCUGGGACUAUAUUAUUUUAAAAUCUCAUUUUUAGGGAUGCCUGGGUGGCUCAGUUGGUUAAGUAGCUGCCUUCGGCUCAGGUCAUGAUCCCAGCAUCCUGGGAUGGAGUCCCACAUCGGGCUCCUUGCUCAGCAGGGAGCCUGCUUCUCCCUCUGCCUCUGCCUGCCUCUCUGUCUGCCUGUGCUCGCUCGCUCUCUCUCCCUCUAUCCCUGACAAAUAAAUAAAAUUUUUAAAAAAUUUAUUAAAAAAAUCUCAUUUUUAAAUUGCUUCUGGCUGAUGCUUAGAAACAUAUUUUAUAUAUUGGCUUGGUAUCUGGAAUCUUGCUGAACUCAUUAAUCCUAAUAAGUUAUGUGUAGGCUCUUUUUUUUCCUGCAUACAUUAUUAUAUUAUUUUUGACAAAUGACAAGUUACAUUUUUUUCUUUUCCAAUAUUUGUACUUGAAAAUUUUUUCUUACCUUAUUGUACAGAGCUUUCAGAACGAUGUCCAAUAGAAUUAGUGAUAGUAGGCAUCCUUAUCCUGUUCCCAAUCUCAGGGAAAAGCUUUUAAAAUUUUACCAUUAGGUAUGAUGUUUGUUGUAGGUUUUUUGUUGUUGUUGUUGUUCUUUUUUCUGGACCAGAUGGACCUCAUAGAUAUAUACAGAACAUUCCACCCUAAAACAACAGGAUAUUUAUUCUCCUUGAGCACACAUGGAACUUUCUCCAGAAUAGACCACAUUCUGGGUCACAAAUCAGGCCUCAACCAAUAGAAAAAGAUCGAGAUUAUGCACUGCAUGUUCUCAGACCACAAUGCUUUGAAACUGGAACUCAAUCACAAGAAAAAGUUUGGAACAAAUUCAAACACUUGGAAGCUAAAAACCAUGCUGCACAAGAAUGUUUGGGCCAAUCAGGAAAUCAAAGAAUAUAAACAGUUCAUGGAAACCAAUGAGAAUGAAAACACACCAGUCCAAAACCUGUGGGAUAUGGCAAAGGUGAUCCUAAGGGGGAAAUCCUUAGCCAUCCAAGCCUCACUCAAAAAAAAAAAAAAAAAAAUCCCAAUAUACAAAUUCUCAUUAUACCUUAAAGAACUGGAAGAUCAACAGCAAAUUAAGCCUAACCCACGCACAAGAAAGGAAAUAAUUAAGAUUAGGGCAGAGAUCAAUGAAUUAGAAACCAGAGAUACAGUAGAACACAUCAAUGAAAUUAGAAGCUGGUUCUUUGAAAGAAUAAGAUGAAUAAACUACUGCCCAGACUAAUCCAAAAGAAAAGAGAAAGGGCCCAAAUAAAAUUAAAAAUGAAAGAGGCGUGGUGAUCAGGACUAACACCAAUGAAAUGGAAACAAUCAUCAGAAACUAUUAUCAAGAGCUAGAUGCCAAAAAGUUAGGCAACCUGGAAGAAAUGGAUGCAUUCCUGGAAACCUAUAAAUUUCCAAGGCUGAAACAGGAAGAAACUGACAACCUGAAUAGACCAAUAACCGGUAAUCAGAUUGAAGUAGUGAUCAAAAAUCUCCCCAAAAACUAGAGCCCAGGAACUUAUGGAGUCCCUGGGGAAUUCUGUCAAUCAUUCAAAGAAGAAAUAAUACCCGUUCUCCUGAAGCUGUUUAAAAACAGAAACAGAAGGAAAACUUCCAGAUUCUUUCUAUGCGGUCAGCAUUACCUUGAUCCACAAACCAGGCAAAGACUCCAUCAAAAAGGAGAAUUUCAAACCAAUAUCCCUCAUGAUAAUGGAUGCCAAGAUUCUCAACAUGAUCCUAGCUAAUAGGAUCCAACAGUACAUUAAAAGUAUUAUCCACCAUGACCAGGUGGGAUUUAACCCUGGGAUGCAAGGAUGGUUCAACAUUUGCAAGUCAAUGAAUGGGAUAGAACAAAUUAAUAAGAGAAGAGAGAAGAACCACAUGGUCCUCUCAAUUGAUGCAGAAAAAGCAUUUGACAAAAUAAGCAUCCAUUCCUGAUUAAAACUCUUCAGAGUAUAGGGAUAGAGGGAACAUUCCUCAAUUUCAUAAAAUCCAUCUAUGAAGCCCCACUGGAAAUAUCAUUCUCAAUGGGGAAAAGCUGAGAACCUUUCCCUUAAGAUCAGGAACAUGACAACGAUGCCCACACUCACCACUAUUGUUCAACAUAGUACUAGAAGUGCUAGCAAUAGCAAUCAGACAACAAAAAGAAAUAAAAUUUAUUCGGAUUGGCAAAGAAGUCAAACUCUCUCUCUUCACAGACAACGUGAUACUUUAUGUGGAAAACCCAAAAGAUUGUACCCCCCAAAUUACUAGAACUCAUACAACAAUCCAGUAAUGUGGCAGGUUACAAAAUCAAUGCACAGAAAUCAGCUGCUUUCUUUACACUAACAAUGAAACUCUAGAAAGGGAAAUUAGAGAAUUUAUCCCAUUUACAAUAGCACCAAAAAUCAUAAGAUACCUUGAAAUAAACCUAACCGAAGAGUUAAAAGAUCUAUACUCGAGAAACCAUAGAACACUUAGGAAAGAAAUUGAAGAAGACACAAAAAAAGGGAUAAACAUUCCAUGCUCAUGGAUUGGAAGAAAACAUUGCUAAAAUGUCUGUACUGCCCAGUGCAAUCUAUACUUUUAAUGCCUCCUGAUCAAAAUACCAUUGGUACUUUUCAAUGUGCUGGAACAAACAGUCCUAAAAUUUGUAUGGAACCAGAACAGACCCUGAGUUUCCAAGGAAAUGUUGAAAAAGAAAAAGCUGGGGGCAUCACAUUGCCUGAUUUCAAGCUAUAUUACAAACAGUGUGGUACUAGCACAAAAAUAGACACAUAGACCAAUGGAACAGCGUAGAGAGCCCAGAUAUGGACAUUCAACUUUGUGGUCAAAUAAUCUUCAACAAAGCAGGAAAAAAUAUCCAGUGGAAGAAAAACAUUCUCUUUAAUAAAUGGUGCUUGGAAAAUUGGACAGCUAUAUACAAAAGAACGAAACUCAACCAUUCUCUUACACCAUACACAAUGAUAAACCCCAAAUGGAUGAAAGGCCUCAAUGUGAGACAGGAACCCAUCAAAAUCCUAGAGAAGAACAUAGGCAGUAACCUCUUUGACAUCGGCUACAGCAACUUAUUUCAACAUGUCUCCAAAGGCAAAGGAAACAAAAGCGAAAAUGAACUUUUGGGACUUCAUCAAGAUCAAAACCUUCUGCACAGCAAAGGAAACAGUCAACAAAACAAGGAGGCAAUCCAUGGAAUGGAAGAAGAUAUUUGUAAAUGGCACUAUAGACAGAGGGCUGAUAUCCAAGAUCUACAAAGAGCUUCUCAAACUCAACACCAAAAAAAAAAAAAAAAAAAAAAAAAAAAAAGUUAAAAAAAUGAGCAGAAGACAUGAACAGACACUUCUCCAAUGAAGACAUAUGGAUGGCUAACAGACACAUGAAAAAAGUGUUCAUCAUCAUUAGCCAUUAGGAAAAUUCAAAUCAAAACCACAUUGAGAUACCACCUUACACCAGUUAGAAUGGCAAAAAUUAACAAGACAACAAGUGUUGGAGAGGAUGUGGAGAAAGGAGAACCCUCUUACACUGUUGGUGGGAAUGCAAGCCAGUGCAGCCACUUUGGAGUGUGGAGGUUCCUCAAAAAUUUAAAAAUAGAGCUACCCUAGGACCUGGAAAUUGCACUACUAUGUAUUUUCCCUAAAGAUACAGAUGUAGUGAAAAGAAGGACAAUUUGCAGCCCAAUGUUCAUAGCAGCAGUGUCCACAAUAGCCAAACUGUGGAAAGAGCUGAGAUGCCCUUCAGCAGACAAAUGGAUAAAGAAGAUGUGGUCCAUAUAUAGUAUGGAAUAUUAGUCAGCCAUAAGAAAGGAUGAAUACCCAGCUUUUGUGUCAACAUGGAUGAACUGGAGGAGAUUAUUCAGAGUGAAAUAAGCAGAGAAAAUCAGUUAUCAUAUGGUUUCACUUACUUGUAGAACAUAAGGAAUAGCAUCGAGGACAUUAGGAGAAGGAAGGGAAAAAUGAAGGGGGGAAUUGGAGGGGGAGAUGAACCACCAAAGACUGUGGACUCCAAGAAACAAACUGAGGGUUUUAGAGUGAAGUGGGUAGGGGGAUGUGUUGACCCAUGGGUUUUAAGGGAACCUUACCCACCAUUGCCAUCAAUGUACAGAAUGAUUUAAUCACCACAAAAAUAUCCCUUGUGCUACCCCUUAUAUUCACCUAUCUUCUCACUCCCCAUGAUUUCUUACACUAGCAAUAAAUAUUUUCUCUAUCUCUACAAUUUUGUCAUUUAGAAAAUAUAAACAUUCGUUACAGUGUAUUAAUAUUUUGAGAUUGCCUUUUUUUCCACUUAGUAUAAUUAGUAUAAUGCCCUUGAGAUUCACACUGCUUGUUUCAUGUAUUAGUAGUUUGUGUACUAUAGUGUGUUUUAAUCAUUGGCUUCUAAUUUAUAUGAUCUAUAGUUUUGUCCCCUUUUCAUUUGAAUAUAUGGUGUGCACUCUUCUUCUUGGUUAGUCUCAUCAGAGAUUUAUCAAAUUUAUUAGUUGGUCUAUACAAUGGACUGCACGUUUUCUAUUUCAUUAAUUUCUGCUAUUUAAAAAAUUUUCUUAUUUCUAUUUUUGUUGGCCUUAAUUUGCUUAUUUAAAAACAUAUAGUGUAUUGAGAAGAUGCUUAAAUCAUUCUUAAAUUUAAAAAACUUUUAAAAUAUUUUAAUUAUUUAUUUGAGUGAAAGAGAGAAAGAGUGAGUACACAAACAGAGUGUAGGGUCAGAGAGAGAAAGAGGGAGAGACAGACUCUCCGCUGAAUAGGGAGCCCUAUGCAGGGCUGGGUCCAAGGACCCUAGAUCAUGACCAGAGCCAAAGGCAGACCCUUCCUUAGCGGACUGACCCACCCACAGGCCCCAGACAUUCUUCUUUUUUAAUAUGUGCAUUUUAGAGUACAAAUUUCCCUCCAGGUGCAGUUCCUGAAUGUCACAUAAAUUUUGAUCUGCUAUGGUUUCAUCACUCAAUACAAAGAGUAUUUUUGGUUUUCCAUUGUAGAUUAUGUACUCAUUUUAAGUGUAUGUAUUGAUUUCCAAACACAAUAUUCUAGUUAUCUUUUUGUUACUGAUUUUCAGCUUAAUUCCAUUGUGGUUAGAGAACAUCUUUGUAUGAUUUAAAGUAUUUGUUAUUAAUGGUGACUUUCUGGCCAGCAUGCAGUCAGUUUUUAUAAAUGCUCUGUGUGUCUUUGAAAGAAUAUAUGUCUGGUAGCAUAGUGCUAUUUAUUUACUAUAUAGGUGGAAUUGUGUUCUUCAAAUAAUUUUUGACCUCUCUCAUUUUGUUUACUCAUUCUAUCAGUUGCUGGGAUAUUUUUGUGAAAAAUCUCUCAUGAUAAUUAUGUAUUAUCCAUAUCUUCUUUAAUUUUUUAAAUUUUUAUUUGUAUUUUUAAAUUUAAAUUCAGUUAGCCAACAUAUUAGACAUUGUGUUCAGUGAUUCAUCAGUUGCAUAUAACACCCAGUGUUCAUCACAACACGUACCCUCCUUAAUGCCUAUCACCCAUUUAUCCCAUUCCCCCACCCACCUCCCCUUCCGUAACCCUCAAUUUGUUUCCCAGAGUCAUUGUCUCCCUCUCUGAUUUCAUCCCAGUUUUCCCUCCCUUCCUCAUGAUCCUCUGCAUCAUUUCUUAUAUUCCACAUAUGAAUGAAGCUAUAUGAUAAUUAUCUUUCUCUGAUUGACUUAGUUCAUUUAGCAUAAUAUCCUUCAGUUCCAUCUACGUUGAUGUACAUGGUACAUAUUCAUCCUUUCUUAUGGCUGAGUAAUAUUCCAUUGUGUAUAUGAACCACAUCUUCUUUAUCCAUUCAUCUGUUGAAGGACAUCUUGACUCCUUCCACAAUUUGGCUAUUGUGGACAUUGCUGCUAUGAACAUUGGGGUGCAGGUGCCCCUUCAGAUCACUACAUCUGUAUCUUUGGGAUAAACAUCCAGUGGCACAAUUGCUAGGUCAUAGGGUAACUCUAUUUUUAACUUUUUGGGAACCUCUAUACUGUUUUCCAGAGUGGCUAUACCAGCUUGCCUUCCCACCAACAGUAUAAGAGGAUUUUCCUUUCUCCACGUCCUCACAGCUUUUACUAUUCUCUGUCUUGUCAAUUUUUGCUAUUCUAGCUGGUGUAAGGUGGUAUCUCAUUGGGGUUUUGAUUUAUAUUUGCCUGAUGACAAGUGAGGAGAAGCAUUUUUUUCAUGUGUCUGUUAGCCAUUUGUAUGUCUUUUUUGGAGAAGUGUGUUCAUGUCUUCUCAUUUCUUGAUGGGAUUAUUUGGGUUUUUGGGGGGGGGCAUUGAGUUUGAGUUUAUAGAUCUUGGAUACUGCCUUUUAUCUGUAAUGUUAUUUGCAAAUAUAGUCUUACAUUCUGUAGGUUGCCUUUUAGUUUUGUUGACCAUUUCCUUUGCUGUGCAGAUGCUUUUUAUCCUGAUGAAGUCCCAAGAGUUCAUUUUUUUGUUUCCCUUACCUUUAGAGAAGGUAGGAAGUUGCUGCAGCCAAAAUUGAAGAGGUUACUGCCUUUGUUCUGUAGGAUUUUGAUGGAUUCUUGUCUCACAUUUGUUUUUUAUGCAUUUUGAGUUUAUAUAUGGUGUAAGAGAAAAGUCCAGUUUCAUUCUUCUGCAUGUGGCUGAAUUUUCCCUGUACAGUUUAUUGAAGAGACAGUCUUUUUUCCAUUGGCUAUUUUUUCCUGCUUUGUCAAAGAUUACUUGACCAUAGAGUUGUGGGUCCAUUUCUGGGGUCUCUAUUCUGUUCCAUUGAUCUAUGUGUCUGUAUUUGUGCCAGUGCCUUGCUGUCUUGAUGAUCACAGCUUUGUAAUACAGCUUGAAGUCAGGCACCAUGAUGUCCCCAGACUUGGUUUUCUUUUUGAAAAUUCCCCUGGUGAUUUGGGGUCUUUUCUGUUUCCAUAGAAAUUUUUGGAUUGUUUGUUCCAGCUCUGUGUAAAAUGUCAAUGGUGUUUUGAUAGGAACUGCAGUGAAUGUGUAGAUUGCUCUGGGCAGCAUAGACAUUUUAACAAUGUUUGUUCUUCCAAUCCAUGAGCAUGAAAUGUUUUUCCAUUUCUUUGUGUCUUCCUCAAUUUCUUUCAUAAGUGUUCUGUAGUUUUUAGGGUACAAUCUUUUACCUCUUUGGUUUGGCUUAUUCCUACGUAUCUUUGGGUUUGGGGGGCAGUUGUAAAUGGGAUUGAUUCCUUAAUUUCUUUUUUCAGUUGCAUCGUUAGUGUAUAGAAAUUGAACUGAUUUGUGUGCAUUGAUUUUGUAUCCUGCCACAUUGCUGAGUUGCUGUAUGAGUUCUAGCAAUUUUGGAGUGGCACCUUUUGGGUUUUCCACUUAAAGUGUCAUGUCAUCAGUGAAGAGUGAGAGUAUGACUUCUUCUUUGCCAGUUUUAAUACUUCAGUAUUUCUUUUUGUUGUCUGAUUGCUGAGGCUGGGAUUUCUAGCACUAUGUUGAAACAUAGUAGCCAAGUGUGGGCAUUCCUGUCAUGUUCCUGACCUUAAGGGAAAAACUCUCAGUUGUUCACCAUUGAGAAUGAUACUCAUUGUGGGCUUUUUUAGAUGGCUUUUAUGAUAUUGAGGUAUGUUCCCUCAGUCCCUAUACUUUGAAGAGUUUUAAUCAAGAAAGGAUGCUAUAUUUUUUCAAAUGCUUUCUGUAUCAAUUGAGAGGAUCAUAUGGUUCUUU